CUGGUCGGCGCCGGGCCAGUUUUGCUACUCGCUGUCGCUGGUCCUUCACCGCCGCUUCAUCUCGGUACCGCGACUCCUCGUCGACGGCGCUGGGGGAACCGGUGCGGCGGAUCCGACAUGUCGGUGAUUGUAUCCGGUACUCCAGUAACCACCGCAAUAAGAGGUGCAUCGAUCUUUGAUCUGGAGUGAUAGUAGCCUGGCCGGCCGUCGCGUGCUCAUACCUGCUCUCUUCGGGCACCGCCUUCCGCCGCCAAGACCGGUGACCGGCGAACGGUGUUACCUGUCUACGCUGCUUCAUGCCUCCAGCAUCUCCCACAAGGCCAACAACGGCACAAAUCGCCUCCGCUCGUGGUUGAUUUUGAAGUCUAGUUUGCCGAGUGGACUACCCCAAGCCUCUUGGCUCUUGCUAACCAGUGAAAUUCAGCAAUAAACUCGAAAAAAAUAAUUCCAAGAGAGCAAUUAUGGCGGAUGAAUCAUGGAGGAUUCCUAUGUUAGUGCAAGAACUGGCGGCCAAGGUGCAGCAACCACCAAGCAGGUACGUGCAGCCGGAGCAGUAUCAUCCUGUCAGCCUAGAUGUUGGUGCCGAGACGCCGGAACCCAUCCCUGUAAUCGACCUCAGCCGGCUGUCGGCUGCUGCUGAUGCCGCUGGUGAGAGUGGCAAGCUCCGGUUAGCCCUGCAGAGCUGGGGACUCUUCCUGGUCGCUAACCAUGGCAUAGAAACCGAUUUGAUGGAUGAUUUAAUUGAUGCAUCGAGGGAGUUUUUCCAUCUUCCGCUUGAAGAGAAACAAAAAUGCAGCAACUUGAUAGACGGCAAGUAUUUCCAGGUGGAAGGAUAUGGAAAUGACCCAGUCAGAUCCAAAGAUCAAAACCUUGACUGGUUAGAUCGACUGCAUCUCAGGGUAGAACCAGAAGAUGAGAGGAAUCUCGUCCAUUGGCCUGAACAUCCGAAAACUUUCCGGGCUCUUUUACAUGAGUACACAUUGAACUGCAAGAGAAUCAAAGAUUGUAUCCUUCGGACAACAGCCAAGACUUUAGGACUUAGCGAAGAUUACUUUGUGGCACAAUUUAGCAACAAGGCUCCCAUUUUUGCAAGAUUUAACUACUACCCACCGUGUCCAAGACCGGAUCUUGUCUUUGGCGUCAAACCUCACUCAGACAGUGGUGUUCUUACCAUUCUUCUCAUAGACAAAGAUGUUGGUGGACUGCAAGUUCUUAGAGAUGGUGUGUGGCACAAUGUUCCAACGAGUCCUUACAGGUUGCUGAUUAACAUAGGAGACUACGUGGAGAUAAUUAGCAAUGGGAUCUUCAAGAGCCCAGUGCACAGGGCGGUCACCAACACGGAGAAAGAGAGGAUCUCAUUGGCCAUGUUCCAUGGCCUGGAUCCUGAGAAAGAGAUUGAGCCGGCAGCUGCUCUGUUAAAUGAGAAGCAACCGGCACGGUACAGGACACUGAAAGCCAAGGAGUACCUGGCUGGGUUCUAUGAACAUUUCUGCAAAGGAACUAGAUUCAUCGAGUCUGUGAAGAUAUAAACGAGGUUUGAUGUCUCUCAUUCACGACUAUGUAACAAAGAACUGUUUGUCUCAUAUUACGGUUUACUCUUGGAGUUGCUCUGAUGGUCCCUCUGUAAGGGUACAAUUACUGUUUACUCCCUCCUUAUGAAAAAACAUAAAAUGAACUUUUUGGACAUGUUUCUCCAUAAAUAUACUAUGUAUUUCAGAUUUGAUGUAAAAUAAACGCUUUGCUCGUUUGCCAAAAAAAAAAGGUUCAUUGACGAAAAGAAAA